UGUCCUACAAACCCAUCGCCCCCGCCCCCAGCAGCACCCCGGGCUCCAGCACUCCUGGGCCGGGCACCCCGGUCCCUACAGGUGAGGAUCCAGCUCCACCCCUGCUCGCCUGCCCGGGCGGUUCGAGGUCGCGCAGAGAAGACGGCCUGAGUUCUGCAGUACUGGGCCUGCCGCCUACCCUCCCUGAGCCUCAGUUUGCUGGCCUGUGAAGUGGGCGUGGUCACGUAAGGCCGGAAGUGUUCCAUCGCCGUCAGGCUCGGUGCCAGGGGCUGCUGCCCCUUUCAGGCCACUGUUUAACGACUUCGGACCGCCCUCCAUGGGCUAUGUGCAGGCAAUGAAGCCACCUGGCGCCCAGGGCUCCCAGAGCACCUACACAGACCUGCUGUCGGUCAUAGAGGAGAUGGGCAAAGAGAUCCGGCCCACCUAUGCUGGCAGCAAGAGCGCCAUGGAGCGUCUAAAGAGAGGCAUCAUCCAUGCCCGGGCCCUAGUCAGAGAGUGCCUGGCAGAGACAGAGCGGAACGCCCGCACGUAACAGGAAGCGCCUCAGCUUCAGCGUCUGGACCUUUCUGGGCCACUGCAGAGCACCUGCUUCUCCCUGGCCUUCGCCCUGAGUUGCACUAACCAUCCUGGGCUUCCUGUCCUGUGUCCCUUGCUGGGUGCCCUCCAGGAACCAGGGGGCGGAUCUCACUCCAGUCGUCAACACUGACUGCCCCCUAUAAGAGUUAGCAGUGAGGUCACUGUGAGUCCCACCCAUGACCUGCCAAGAGUGUUGAUCCAGCUGGAGCCUUCUCCCUCCUGCGGCCCCCACCAUUCAGCACUUCCCCAGCACUUCUCGCCACUGUCACAGGCCUCCUUCUCGCCUAGCAGGGGCUUAGAAGGCCUGUACUUUCCUGCCUGGUCUCAUGGACCAUAGUGACUCUUUUCUCAGUGUCUUUUGCUAAAUAUGCCCUUUUUAUAUAAAU